ACACACACUUCAUCAUCAUCAUUCUUUAAUUCGCAUUGCUUCAUCCACAGACUGCUUACUUGCAAUAAUUAAAGAUGACCACCAAACCUUUACUUUCCUUCACCUGCAAGAAACUCUUCACCAACCCAUGCAAAAACUUCAUACACCUUUUCAAGUUCAAACUCAGAAAACCAAUCUUCAAAAGAAGUCGUCGAUCUCGCAAAUCAAAAACCACAACCACAUCUUCUAACAGACACCACUUUUCUGGCUUAACAUCACUUUUCAGGUCAUCCAGAAAGACAAGAGACAUGGAUCGAGUCAUGGAGCUCAAGAGCUUCUCGGAAGCUGGAAAAGAACCGUGCCCAUCACCUCUUACCCCAGCAUAUAUCAAGAUGAGAAGAGUUGAUGAUAUGGAAAACAUGCAGGUCCAAGAAGACGAGGAUGUGGCCGAACAUGCUUGCCAGAGUUUCGAGAAUUAUUUGGUGAAAAUGAUAGCAGAAGAGGGGAAAAUGAGAGAUUUGGUUGAUGUUGAGGAGCUACUUUACUGCUGGAAGAACCUCAAGAGUCCUCUGUUCAUUAACCUGGUGUGUAGAUUUUAUGGCGAGCUUUGUCAUGAUCUUUUUCCUAGCAAAGUCGACGAGGACGACCAUGAUGAGGCUCGUAGCUUAAUGUAAUCAAUUAAAUUCGUUAUUUUUUAUCCCUGUGGGUCUUGUAUGGUUAAGUAUUACAGUAAAUGAAACUAUUGGCUACCACAUUCUACAAA